CGUGCCACUGUAGAAUGGCCUCUCUGCUACUAGAGUGCCGCCAUAUUGGUAAAGGUAUUAGGGAAAAGGUAGAACGAAAUUUCCUGUUCUCGCGGGAGCUAGAGGCGUGACUGCCACGUCCGAGCAAAACGGGAACGGAGAGGAUCCCGGAGCCGCGUGAUGGCCAGGGGCCUGCGGGCCCCCCACUGGGUGGCCGUAGGACUGCUGACCUGGGCGUCUUUGGGGCUGCUGAUUGCCGUACACGGGGGUCAUGGUGACCCUCACGAGGACAUGCAAGAGGACUUCCAUGGCCACAGCCACAGGCACUCACAUGAGGAUUUCCACCAUGGACACAGCCAUGCUCAUGGCCAUGGCCACACUCACGAGAGCAUCUGGCAUGGGCAUACCCAUGGUCAUGAUCACGGACAUUCACAUGAGGAUCUGCACCAUGGCCACUCCCAUGAAAGCCUGUAUCACAAAGGACAUGGACAUGACCGUGAACAUCAUGGAGGCUAUGGGGAGUCUGGAGCUCCAAGCAUCAAGCACAACCUGGACACUGUCACACUCUGGGCUUAUGCACUGGGAGCCACGGUGCUGAUCUCUGCAGCUCCAUUUUUUGUCCUCUUCCUUAUCCCAGUGGAGUCAAACUCCCCCAGACACCGCUCUCUGCUCCAGAUUUUGCUAAGUUUUGCUUCUGGAGGGCUCCUGGGAGAUGCCUUCCUGCAUCUUAUCCCUCAUGCCCUGGAGCCUCAUUCUCACAACACUCUGGCACAGCCUGGACAUGGACAUUCCCACAGUGGCCAGGGCCCCAUUCUGUCUGUGGGGCUGUGGGUUCUCAGUGGAAUUGUCGCCUUCCUUGUGGUGGAGAAAUUUGUGAGACAUGUAAAAGGAGGACAUGGACACAGUCAUGGGCAUGGACAUGGUCCCACACAUGGAAGUCACGGAAGACAGGAGCAUCCUUCAAAGGAGAAGUCCAGCUCAGAGGAAGAAGAAAAGGAAGCAAGAGGGUUGCGGAAGAGGAGAGGAGGGAGCAUCGGGCCCAAAGAUGGGCCAGUAAGACCUCAGAACCCUGAAGAAGAAAAAACAGGCUCAGACCUGCGUGUGUCCGGGUACCUGAAUCUGGCUGCUGAUUUGGCACACAACUUCACAGAUGGUCUAGCUAUUGGUGCUUCCUUUCGAGGGGGCCGAGGGCUGGGAAUACUGACCACAAUGACUGUCCUACUUCAUGAAGUGCCCCAUGAGGUCGGGGACUUUGCCAUCUUGGUCCAGUCUGGCUGCAGCAAAAAGCAGGCGAUGCGUCUACAACUACUGACAGCAGUAGGAGCACUGGCAGGCACAGCCUGUGCCCUUCUCACUGAAGGAGGAGUAGUGGGCAGUGAAGUUGCAGGUGGUGCAGGUCCUGGCUGGGUUCUGCCAUUCACUGCAGGUGGUUUUAUAUACGUAGCAACAGUGUCUGUGUUGCCAGAGCUGUUGAGGGAGGCGUCACCAUUACAGUCACUCCUGGAAGUGCUGGGGCUGCUGGCAGGAGUUGUCAUGAUGGUGCUGAUUGCCCACCUCGAGUGAGGUGGGAUAAACCACCCCCACCCCUGCCCCAAACGUCUACCCCUAACUCCAAGUCAGGGGUCUAUGGUAGCUAGGGGCCCUGGCCAUGGACGUCUGCCAGAGGAAGGACUUGUAGCCCAGAAAAAACAGUGACUUUGGUAUUAGGACCUUCAAGUUUUGGUAGUCUUACAGAGGUCAUAGAGGUGAGAAUAAGAGGCCAGAGGGACCAAAAUGUUGGGCACUGCCCAGCUAUAUUGUAGAUUUUGGAGGGAAAAAUGGGGCCAUGAAGAAAACUGCAAGAAAAAGGAUGGCAGCCUACCUGGUGUACCCUACCUACUUGUUCUCUGAGGACCAAGCUGCCAAACAUUUCUCCAAGGUCUUUCUCAUCUGUUGGUGGAGGCUUCAGGGAAGACCUGAAUCCCGGACUGAGGGGGUGACAGGAGGAGUUGGGGGUAAACAUCAAUCGUGUGUUCUGAUUUGGGAGUGAUCAGAGGAUUAGGGGGUGGGAGAAGAUUAGUUGGUAAUCUCAUAGCCUAAUUUUUGUUUCGUUUCUAUUCAUUUUAUAUCAUUGUGUUUGAAUCGAGGGGGAGGGGUGGUGACCGGAAAUAAAGACCUUGGAUCUUCCGCCCCA